AUGUCUACCAGAUUACAAUUCGCCAAACAAGCUUUAAGACGUUAUACGGUUAGUGCCACCGACGGCAGUGGCAAGAUUUCCACACUUGCUGUGAAAGUGCAUGGUGGUUCUCGUUACGCUACAAAGGACGGUGUUGCACAUCUUCUGUCUAGAUUCAACUUCCAAAACACGAGCGGUAAGUCUGCUUUGAGAUUGGUGAGAGAGUCCGAGUUGUUGGGUGGUAAGUUUGAAUCGACCGUAGACAGAGAAUUUAUCACUCUAAAGGCCACUUUCCUGAAGGAGGAUCUCCCAUACUACGUGAACGCUUUAGGCAAUGUGUUGUACAAGACGUCUUUCAAGGCACACGAACUGAAGGAGACUGUUCUGCCAGCAGCCCGUCAUGACCUGAUGGUCGCUGAGACCUGUCCUUUGAGGAAGGCUGAGGAUCUGCUGUACAACGUGACUUUCAGAAAGGGCCUGGGCAACACUGUCUUGUACGAUGGCGUGGAGACGGUCAGCUUGGAUGAUAUCAGGGCAUUCGCUGACAAGGUUUACACCAAGGAGAACAUCGAGAUCGUCGGACAGGGCGUUAACGAGGCCGACUUGAAAAAGUUUGUGAGUGACUCCUUGUUGAGUUCUUUGCCUACCGGCAGUCCAUUAGCGGCCUCCGUGGCACCAAAGACCUACUCCGGUGAGACCAGGGCCAGAUUUGCCCACGCCGACUCUGUCGCUGCCAUCGCCGUACCAGUCGCCAAGGAGUCGUUCGGUGAGUACGAACUGCUUUCCCGUUACGUGACCUCGCCUCUAUCCGACCUCGCCCCGCUGGUCCACUCUGCCAAAUUGCAAAGAUUCAACAACAUUGGUCUCUUCACUCUGUUUGUCAAGAGCCCCGACGCCACACAGGUCGCACAAAACAUUAAGAAGGUCGUCUCCGAACUCAAGAAGGGCAAGGAUAUCUCUGUCGCCAAGGACUAUGCCGCUCUAAAAUUCGCUCUGGAGAACGACGGCGCCGCAGUUCCUGCUGAAUUGAAGAUCGACUCUGCCGGUACUUUCAAACUAGACAAAUUUAACUACGUCGCCGUCGGCGAUGUCUCCAACCUGCCAUACGCCGAUGAAUUUUAG